UACCUUUGUACAGAGCUCUGGCCACUGUCGUAAGGUCAGAAGGCUUCACCUGCAGUGCUGAGGGGGCCUCUCUGUGUGGACAUUGCUGUUUCUGCACCAUGGACUCACAGCACUGCAAAAUGAAUGGGGACUCUUCCCAGGAAUCUAUGUACAUUGAAGAGUCCUCAAAUAAAAAUGGUGUGAUCUCUUUGAUUUUCUCUCUGAAAGAAGAAGUUGGGGCAUUGGCUAAAGUUCUGCGCACAUUUGAGGAAAAAGGUAUAAACCUCACGCACAUUGAGUCUCGACCUUCCCGUCUCAACAAAGAUGAGUAUGAAUUCUUCAUUAAUUUGGAAGGCAAGAAUGUCCCAGCACUGGACAAGAUCAUCAAGUCCUUGAGAAGUGAUAUUGGAGCAACAGUCCACGAGCUUUCACGAACAAAGAAGAAGGACACUGUGCCAUGGUUCCCAAGAAGUAUCCAGGAGCUGGACAGGUUUGCCAACCAGAUCCUAAGCUAUGGAGCAGAACUGGAUGCUGACCAUCCUGGGUUCAAAGAUCCUGUGUACCGGGCCCGCAGGAAGGAGUUUGCAGAUAUUGCCUACAACUACAGACAUGGUCAACCUAUUCCUCGAGUCACCUACACAGAAGAAGAAAAGAAAACAUGGGGCACUGUCUUCAGGGAGCUGAAGAGUCUCUAUCCAACUCAUGCUUGUUAUGAACACAACCAUGUAUUCCCACUGCUGGAGAAGUACUGUGGCUACCGGGAGGACAACAUUCCCCAGCUAGAAGAUAUUUCAAACUUCUUGCAGUCCUGCACUGGAUUUCGCCUGCGUCCCGUUGCAGGCUUGCUGUCCUCUCGAGAUUUCCUGGCUGGACUGGCAUUCCGAGUGUUUCACUCUACACAGUACAUUCGCCAUGCGUCCAAACCCAUGUACACACCAGAGCCUGAUAUUUGCCAUGAGCUGCUAGGACAUGUGCCUCUUUUUGCUGAUCCCAGUUUUGCUCAGUUUUCCCAGGAAAUUGGACUGGCAUCUCUGGGAGCUCCGGAUGAUUUCAUCGAGAAACUUGCUACGGUUUAUUGGUUUACGGUGGAGUUUGGACUAUGUAAGGAAGGCAAUUCACUCAAGGCAUACGGUGCAGGGCUGCUGUCUUCAUUUGGGGAACUGCAGUAUUGUUUAUCAAAUAAACCUGAGAUUCAGCCUCUUGUCCUGGAGAAGACCUCUGUGCAGAAGUACCCUGUUACUGAGUUCCAGCCUAUCUACUAUGUUGCUGACAGUUUUAAAGAUGCAAAAGAAAAGCUAAGGAAAUUUGCUCAAACAAUCCCUCGUCCUUUCUCUGUUCGGUACAAUCCCUACACCCAGAGGAUUGAAGUCUUGGACAAUGCAAAGCAGCUGAAGAACUUAGCUGACACUAUCAAUAGUGAGAUGGGGAUCCUUUGCAACGCCCUGCAGAAGAUAAAAUGAAGAUUCAUUGUAACUUGCUAAUUGCUGGCAACUGACUAGAAACUGUCAUGUGCAAAUACCAGUCUUCAUCUAGUCUCAGUUUAUUAUCUUCCUGUGUAUUGCAUGAAUGCUUAUGUUAUAUAUCUUAAUUACUAUAGAUUAGCAGAGAAAGAGACACAUACAGGUGACUCUUGACUCUUUUGACCUUCAGACACUAAUGCAUUUUUUUUCAAUAAUGCAAAAAAUCACCUUAAUUCUGGGAAUCUGAGGAAAACCUUCAUGUCUCUUGUACCAAAAUUUAGCAGAAGGAGGACAUCUCCACCAGGCAAAGAUACAGUCUGCUGCAGCUGUGAGGCAGAAUUACUACUCUGGGCCCAGAGACGGGAUAAUAAUAACUAGCAGACUAAUCCAUCUUGCUUGCUCUCACAGCCAUUCUCCCCUCAGUCCCUCAUAUUUGUGCAAGGUUCCCAGGGAAUCCCAAAACUCUACACCUUCCAGAGGGUAUACAUAUACUGCUUGGCCCUCUGUACCUCUGCUCAUACACACAAAUACCUCUAUCUGGAAAACUUUGAUUUCUUUUUAAAUGUGAUAUUGCCAUUGAUCCAAAGCACAGAUGCUAAAGGAAAAGACAACAAGUGUUCUGCAACUUCAUUAACAAAGAUUUAUCACCAUGCAUAAAUAUAAUUUCUUUGCACAAGCACCAGUCCCCAAAAGGUUUGUGCAAGUCAAGAACACUGUAUGCUGUGAUGUGUCAUUGAUUUGCAGAGUGGAGUCCCUAAGAAAGGCGUGGAAACUGCCUAUCUGGGGCAUGAGGUCUGUGCCUCAAUACAGUACUCACAAAUACGCCCCUUCAGAGGAGAAUUACCCAAAGGCAAGUUUAUCUGACUUUUUGCAGCUGGAUGUCAGAUCAGUCUGUUGAUAGCUCAUGCAAGCAAGAAACCAUGCAGAUGUCUUAACAGGGCAUCAAGGCCAGUCUUAGAGCUGUGCUGGCUGUAAUAUUAUAUAACAUCAUGGCUACAGAGCUGAUUCAGGACCAGCCAGCUUACAGAAAGGGGAGAGCUCUCUUGAUAGACACAAUCAGCUACUCACUGUGCAAGGCUGAUGUGUGAACAAUACCUUGUGUUGUGUGUGCCCUUCUCUAAGAGUGCUAUAUUCAGCAUUGCUCCAAGGUGUCUCCCAACUUUCUGGACUGAAAUCCAGGAGGUGGAUGCCAGCGGCUUUGAAAUGGAGGAGAAAUGGUUCUUACAAUGCAGCUGAAUACAUCAGAGCCUUCCAACUCCUAGCUCACUGUGUCUGUGACUCAAGUCCCCACCAGAGCUAUGGAAGACCUGGGUUAGCUGUGUCCUGGUCCGAGUGCAUUCAAACCCCAACACAGUACCUUCCAAGACAGCUCCUAAGUCAUGGUACUUCAUGAUACUAACAAGAUUCAGAAGUCACAUUUCUAUUAGAAGACCAAAAGAUGGAGAGGGAUUUGGAGGUCCACAAGUCGCAUACCUACUAUUGUACUACUCUUGCAAUUAUAGUUUGAAAAUGAAUGAUAACAUCAUCCUUCAGGAGGAUAGAAAGUACAGCUCUUUCCUUUAUAUUUAUGGUGGGUAAUAGCAAUCUAAGCAUACCAGCUCGAACUGUUUUCAAUAGACAUAUGCAAAAUGACAUAAUUUUGGUGCUUUGAAGUAACCUUUUUUAUUUUUGUGUCUUUUUUCUUCCUUUUGUUUUGUUUUGUUUUUCUUUCCUCAUGACAAUGCCUGUGUAGCUCUUUCAGACCUGUUUGGCAUGCAUUUUCAGUGUGAAAGUAUCCCAUAUUUCUCCCUCUUAAUAUAACAGGAUCUAUAAGCUCACGUGUACCACAAAGAGACAGUUUCUUCUCAUGGGUGAAGUCUUUCAAACUAAAUUUCAGACAGCUUUCCAAGCUCCUCUGCUUCUGGCUGUUAUGAGUGACAGCAGCAGUAAAUAUAAAGUGAUACUGGGAACUCAGGAUUUAUGGCUGUCUUUUAUGUGCAAGCAGAAUGGUUAGAGUAUUGAUGCCACAUGUCUGAUUCUGGGUCCCUUAAUACUGGUUUACAUGAGCAAUAACUCCAGCCAAAGCAGCAUAAUAUAGCUGUUCAGCAACAUUGAGAAAAAGUUAAAUGCUUGGUAUUUUAAGAGGAGAGGAAAUAUACUGAAAGUAUACUUUCUUGCAGACCAAAUUAGCUUGUGCAUGUAUCCUUUAACUAAUACAAAUAAGUUGCAUUUUAAAUAGUACUUUUUAAGGGGUGACUUCUCAUUUCCAUGCUAAAAAAAUUAUUUUUUUUGUAGCAAACUGGCAAAUUAUCUGGCCAGUGUAACUACUCUUUGUAAAGUAAUCACACAUGUUGAUCAGAAUUAAAUACCCAGGUAGGGAAGAAUGUCUAUUUGAGGUGGGUUCCAACUCAAAAAAAAGCUGUCAUGCACUGAUUGAUUAUCAUUUGUCCAGACAAGAUAAUGAAAUGGAUAUUAAAAACAAUCACCUCUUGAUAUGUCUAAUUACCUAGAAAUGUACAGCAAAGCCUUGGCUGCUCUACCUUUGCAUACUCUGUACAUCUUUAUAUGCUCCUCUGACUAACCUAUUCGAAGUUACUUUUUAAAAGAACCUUCCUUUUUUCUGUCCCACUGCAAUCACAUUUUUUAUGUCCCCAUUUCCAGCUCUGUUUCAGGUGACAAAAGAAGCCCUCUCAUGAGGCCCCUUCCUUUGAAGUGACCUUGCCCAAGGUCAGUGAUGGUGAUGGAGGGGGUAGUUGUCAGCACAAGUUACACAGGGAGUUGGUCUCUUCUGGGUGCCUCAAGAUGCUUAGACAUGACAAGAGCCUCAGAGCAGGGGCACUUUUCCCCCAAAAAGAUACAGAAAUUGUUGAAAGAGGGAUUAAGCACAAGAGGACUCCACAGAAGUGCAUUAUUUUAAAGCUUGUCUUUUUGCUGCUUCAAACUAUUCUGAAAAUUAGCAGAGAAGACUUUUUUAAUGCCCAAAUGUAACCAUUUAAAUUAACCUAAAUAAACAGAAAUAUUAGUGCUGCA